CUGAAUUCUGACGGUCGCCUUAUUGUUUUUGAUUUGUGAUUUACGUCACUGGGGGUUUUUACCUACUGUUUCCUUGUUUGUUUUUAAUUUUAAAAGUACCAUUACCACCAUCUGUAAUACAUGUCCAUUUAGAUUUCUUCAAAAAUGACCAGCAAGUUAAGUGCUAAGUUCUUCGAAAUAUUCCGGAAUCUUAAGUCCGACGCGAUACCUAGGCCACCUCGGCCGAGUGAAUCAUGCCCGCAAGAUAACUCCGAGCCAGAAGCGCAGAAUGAAAAUGUAGAUUACACGGACAACCAAAAUAUAUUUGCCGAACAAGAUGGUCACAAGAAAGGCAAGAAGAAGCCCAAAUACAAGAAAUCUUAUUCAAUGCCAAAUCCAGAUAUGCCAGAGGAAGAAGACAGGCGGGGAAGUAACGCAAGCAGCACAGUCAACACUCAAGCUACGGGGAAUGUUAUCAACAUUGUGAACUCCAACAAUGUUCGCUGCGGGAAUGAACUUAUUUACUACAUGGGUCCUGUUUAUGGCCACCGUGGUCAGUCAAACACAUCUGCAAAUUAUGAUGAAGAGGAACCUGUUGAGAAGACUAAUCUAAUUACACUCUUGUUGGAGGCUAAUAAUAAGCCGGAACACGAUUAUAUAGAUUACAUAUCAAAGCAUUUGGGCAAGAACUGGCACAGUUUCUUCAGGCGAUUGGGAUAUAAGCAGGGUACAAUAGAAACUGCUGAAAUUGACAUGGCCAAACAUGGAGUAGCAGAGGCUCGCUAUAAGCUGCUACUCGAUUGGAUACGUAAUGACAGUGAUGGUACACUGGGUAAGUUAGCAAAUGCUCUUUGGGAGGAUGGUGAAAGGCAGAUUGUUAAAGAGUUGGCUGCAAUGUACAAUAAAACCACAUAAUAUUGAGGCUUCGACGAUCACAAAACUUAAUAAAUAUUAGUCUAUAGGGGCUCCAUAAUACACGAUUAUAAAAUUUAUUUUACUGUUUUUGCAAAAGAUAUUUGUAUAAAACGCCUUAACGUUAAACGCUUGUGCUCUGAACUCUUUGAAUGCAACCGUAGAUGAAAGGGAAAUGGUCCAUACAUUUUUGUAAUGUACCAUGUAUACCAAAUAAUAAAGAAAGAAGAAAAACUGUUUCAUACGAAUUCUAUAAGCUUUUGCAUUUUUAACAUUCCAACUAUGUUUUAGUGUGUUUGCAUUGCAGAUAUCUUAUGAAAAACAAUUUCUUGAAUGUUUUGUCCUUAGGAUUCAGUCAAAUUUUGUAAAGGUUGCUCAAACAGUAUAUAUCUGUUUUACUAACAAUUAAAUAUAUUAUUAUUACAAUGCACACAUCGCCAUCUAGCCCCAAAGGAAGCGUAGCUUGUGUUAUGGGUACUAAGAUGACUGAAUUAUAUUUUUAUAAUAAUAAUUAGACGAUAAUUAACAUUCCUUGAAAGAGUUUAGUGUUUAAGUGUGUUGAGAACACGACAAAAUUGAAUAAAACACUUUUGUUUAUAUAGUAGAUAGGUUACAUUGUAAAAGCGCGUACAAAUUAGAGGCGUAAAGAAUAAUUUUCAUAAUAUAACAUCAAGAAGCACAAAGGCAGCGAUAAUACUGUGUCAUGCGGACGUCAUUUUUACGUAGUGAAGUUUGCUACUUAUCCUUAAAUAUUGUUUAUAUUGAGCCUUAACAAUAUGUCCCAAAUAGUAAACGAUGCACUACCUCUGAACAGUUAAGCAGUGUUUUGCCACGCUAUGACUAAAAACUCCUUUCCAAUGUCAGAACAUGUCAAAAAACAUGUCAAUUAUUAAGGAGUUGAGAUUGUCUCGACUUUGAACCAUUUACUGAGGAAUUUAUAAAUCACCCUGCAAUAUGAGAUACUAGUUCUGAGAGAUAUUCUAAUAGCGUUCAAAAGAAAAUAGCUUGGGAUGAUUCUUGGAACAAAUUUAUUAAAAAUUCCCAAAACCAAAUACAAGGCAGCUGAAAUAAAAUCAUUUUUAUUCUAAUGUUAUUUAUUGUACUAUUUUUUUUUUUUGCUGUAAUAGCAUCCAUUUAUGCAUCGCAUUUUCUACAGAAUCCAUAGUAUUAAUGUCAGCUGAGUCUUGUUACGUUUCAGUAAAUUUACUGAUAAUCUUAUCAGUAAAUUUACUGAAACAUUACAGACUUUUUACUGCGCCACAGGCAAGCUACUUUAUUCUUCUUAAUGGUAGGUUUACUUUAGUAGCUUCUUCACGUCUCUGAUUUAAAGGUGCUAUAACAAUUUAUUCAGAAAUAAAUAAGCAGAUAUAUAAUAGUAGGUGCAAGGUAAAUAUAAAUUAAAAAUAUGUAUGACGAACCUAAGUUGUUUGUAAAGAAAUAUGUAUUUUAGAUACAAACUGUUUUACAAUAUUUUACACAAUUUGUUUUUAAAUGUUACGUAUUCGUAUUUUAAUAUACUGUUUAUAAUACUUAUUUACUGAAGGAUAUUUAGUUCAUGUAAGGCCAACUAAUCGUAAAUUAAUGCAAUAUACAAUUAAGUGCUUCCAUUCCAAUGAAUUCAUAACUUACUAUGUACAAUUAUUAUUAUUGUAUGUCUACAUACACUCCUACAUACACGCCCUGUUACAUGUCAACAAUCUUUUAAUUACUUUUAAUAGUAGAAUGUAUUCAAAAUACAAAAAAAAACUUAAGUGAUUUGUUUAUUUUCUUUAUAAUUUUAAAUUGAGGAAAAGAUUGUUUACAUUAUAAUAUAGGUGAGAAAAAAUAGACUAAGUUAGCAUUAAGUUUAAAUUGUGAUAUCAGACAUUUAUAUAAAAAUAUUGAGUAACAAAUUUUACAGAGUAUUGAUAAAUAUUGCAUAUUCAUAAAAUUUAUCUAGUCAUGCACUCUCAAAAAUCCGGAGAAUAAUUUUUGCAUGCCAUAAUUGAGAGAAAAUACUAUUUAGACUUCCUUUUCUUUAUGUAGGUUUUAUAAUAAAUAAAGUUUUAUAUUACAUUCA